ACGUAUUAAAACUCACCCAGUCUGUCAAGACUCGCUUGUUAAGAUGGACUGGACGGGUUUUUGUGUGCUGUUGUUAUGGAUUUCAUGUGUUUGCUCAACAAAACUGCAUUAUGAUGCUCGAGUGACGGUGAAAAACGAAGGUAUAACCAGGUUUUCUUUUGGAAACCACUAUAGUGGUUUGGUUAAGCUGGUCUCCAGUGGCGUCAUCUGGAUGGGAAGAAACGAGACCCUUUAUUCCAUCAAACCAGCACAAGACUUCAAACCCAAACUGGUAAACGUGAGUCUCUGUGAUGAUGGAAGAGAUCCAGACAAUUCAGAGUGUCCGUACAGGCUCUCUCUGCUCAGUCAGGGCGCUGAUGGAAAUCUGUUCUUCUGCGGAUCUACUAAGGAAACUACAAAGUGCUGUAACUUGACUUCCAGUUAUUCCCUGACUGGCUGCUUCGAAUUAGAAAAUUAUAAGCCAAUUAUUACUGAGCCGUCAUUACUUGUUGAUGAUAUGCUGUACUUCACUACGUCUGCGAUGGGAUUGUACAGGGUAAACAAGGACAAAAUGUACAACAUUUGGUCUCAGUCGACUCAACUGGAGCAAAAGUACUUGAAGCUGGUCGCUGGUGAAGGCAAACACCAGGACAAAGUUUAUUCCUUCUUCGCCGAGAAACAAAAAAGUAAAGAUGGCGAAUCGGAGCAGUGGAUCCCUCGAGUCUCUCAGAGCUGCAAGAAUGACCGUGGAGGUCCGAAGGCUCACCUUCAGAACAGCUGGACCUCGAUGAUCUACGCCCAGCUGUCCUGUGGGAGAGGUCAUGACUUCAGUCAGCUGAUAGAUGUGGCCACGCUACAAACAAACGACGACAUCAAAAUAUAUGCGCUUUUCAGAAACUAUUGGAACAUGAGUGCUGUGUGUGUUUAUAACAUGACUAAAAUCAGCAGUAUCUUCAGUUCCUCCGCGUUCAGCUCCACCGCCGACUUUGCGGGUCACCGGCCCGGAACGUGUGUCCCUAACAGCGCUGGUCUAAGCCCGGAGAUCCUGAAGUUCAUGUCGGGGCGUCCCGAGAUGAGGGAUCGGGUGAUGCCAGAGAACGGACCCCUGCUGUUUACACACCGCCAUUACACACACAUCCAGGUGGACCGAGAGCAACACGACACGGUCCUGCUUCUGUCUCUCGAAAGUGGAGGCGUCCACAAAGUCCGUGAAAAGCCUGUUUUUGUGAUCGCGGAGUAUCUGCCGUUUCCACACGGGACACACAUCACCGGCAUGCUUCUGGACACUUCUAAGAAGCGUCUGUUCGUGAGUUCCAGUAAUGAGGUUGUGCAGAUCGACCUGCUGGCAUGUAGUGUGUACGGUGAUGAGUGUACUGAAUGCAUGUUAUCUCGAGACCCCUACUGUGGUUGGAACGGUUUGCAUUGCACAUCCAAAGUAAAAGGCCUAAUCAAAGACCCGUACGAUUGCAACAGGCCUUUAGCCGAACCAUCAAAGAGCGAGUUCAGCAGCGAGACGCCAGUGGUUCGUGUCCCGGCGUCCUCCAGACACUUCCUGCCCUGCCCGAUGACAUCACGUCACGCCUCGUACCACUGGCACCGCGGGAACACGCGUGAGGAGUGUGUGCUCUCGGAUCAGGGCUGUUUGUACCUCAUCGAGAGCAUGGACGCGGCUCACGAGGGGUCGUACACGUGCGAGUCUUCAGAGGACGGCUUUAACAGGACCGUUGUUCGAUACCAGCUUGGCUUGAGCCGGUCCAACGCUCGCCGGAUCACUCCUGUAGGGUUACUUCUGCUCGUAGUGAUGUCACUUCCUGUUUUAGACUUUUGAAAGCGUUAUCUGACCCUGACGUUUCUAAAGCGAUUUAUAGAAUAGUACGGAUUACAGAAGCAAAUUGCAUUCAGUUGAAGAAAAAAAAUCUAAUGUUUUUCUGAUUUAAUGAGGUAAUUAUCUUAGAAGCACAAGAUAAUUUAUCAUGGAAAAAAGUUGCUCUGUUUUUCUGAAUUAAUGACUUAAUUGUAUCAAAAACUCAUUAACUUCAACUGAAUGCAAUGCGCUUCCGUAUAAUAGAGAUAGUUUCACAAGUGCCAUUGUUCAGCUUAAAAAUUGGCAAUAUGCUUGUUAAUAAUAUAUAUAUAUAUUUUUAUUCUAACAUUUUGAUGAAAGAUUAUAAAGAUUUUGGUAUUUACAGUAAUUUGCACUGAUGAAUCAAUCAUAAUGUGACCUGGAAUUUUUGAGAAAUAUUCCAAAAUAUACCAGAUAUUUACAGUAUAUGAAAUGUGCAAUAUCAUAAGAGUCAUCAGUCAUAUGAGUAUGAGAACACGCGAUGUUGAUGAGGGAGAAAGGAUCUGAUGAUUCGACAUCAUUUUUACAGGAUGUGGACAGAUUAUUAUUAUUAUUUGUUGUUGUUUAUCAGCAGUGUUUCAGACAUGUGAUCUACCAGUCAAACAUUCAGACACAAAAACUCAAUUUAUGUUCCCCUUUUUAUCUAACGAGUAACUAAAAUAAAAUAACUUUGCAGAGCUAGACAAAGAAGCUCAAAUAUAAGAGUGUUCAUUUGUUGCAUGUUUGGAUCACAUCAUUCCCAGAAUUCCAGUUGUGUUAUUUCAGAUUAUCAACAAGCAUGUGUCUGAACGUUUGACUCCAUGUGUAGCGUUGUUAUUUAAAGUAUUAAGACUAACAAUUUAUUUAUAAUUUAAUAUUGUUAAAUGUAGAUAAAACUAGAAAGAGGAUUUGAUUUUUCGGUUUUGACUUUCAGAACUGCAGCUUGAAGUGUUUAUUAUUUCUCAAUAUCUAAAUGUCAUUACAUUAUGAAAUAUCACUUUAUUAUUUUACUUUCGAUUUUUGUAAAGAAGGAGUGUUGAAGAUUGUGACAACCAUGUCUUUUUCAUCACUCGAUUAGAUGUUUUGAUUUUAAGUGACUUGUUAAAUUACUCAGUUUUAUUCAGUGU